CAUCUCAAUUAAUGUGAGUGAGAGACUAGUGAGUGAUUGGAUUAGUGACAUAGUGUAUGUGUGUAUAGUUAUUUUGUCUUGGUGCUUUUAUUUGUUGUGUAAGCUUAGAGAUUAUGUGCUUUUAAGUACUAAAUCUCAACAGUGUUAACAUAAAAUUUGUUUGAAACAACAGGAAAACCAACUGAAAUCAAUUAACCAUUUUCAAACAUUACAAAAGAAUAACACCAUAAUGGCUUCUUACAGGAUGGAUGUCAAUAAAGUAUGUUGUAACCAACAUCCCGAUGCACCGCUGAUAGAGGACUACAGAGCUGGUGACCAGAUUUGUUCUGAGUGUGGACUUGUUGUAGGUGACAGGGUGAUUGAUGUCGGAUCAGAAUGGCGAACAUUCAGCAAUGAGAAGAACGGAGUAGAUCCGUCUCGAGUGGGUGGGCCUGAGAACCCUCUCCUCAAUGGCUCAGAUCUGUCUACCAUGAUUGGUCCUGGCCGUGGCGAUGCCUCUUUCGAUGAGUUUGGUGUUUCAAAAUACCAAAAUCGAAGAACAAUGAGUAGUUCAGACAGAGCACUGAUCAAUUCAUUCCGUGAGAUCAACAGCAUGGCUGACCGCAUCAACCUGCCUAAGACAAUUGUGGAUCGAGCCAACAACCUCUUCAAACAAGUCCAUGAUGGCAAGAAUUUGAAGGGAAGGGCUAACGACGCGAUUGCCUCAGCCUGUCUCUACAUUGCCUGCAGACAAGAGGGUGUGCCCCGUACAUUCAAGGAAAUCUGUGCUGUAAGUAAAAUCAGCAAGAAGGAAAUUGGACGAUGUUUCAAACUGAUUCUGAAGGCGUUGGAGACGAGCGUGGACCUUAUUACCACUGGAGACUUCAUGUCACGUUUCUGCUCCAAUUUAGGUUUGCCGAAUAUGGUACAGAGGGCAGCUACACACAUAGCUCGCAAAGCCGUUGAACUGGACAUUGUGCCAGGGCGAUCUCCCAUUUCAGUAGCAGCUGCUGCCAUCUAUAUGGCUUCUCAGGCUUCAGAAGACAAGAAGUGUCAGAAAGAGAUUGGAGAUAUCGCUGGAGUUGCUGAUGUAACCAUAAGGCAGUCAUACAAGCUGAUGUACCCUCAUGCAGUUCGGCUGUUCCCUGAAGAUUUUAAGUUUGCUACACCCAUCGAACUGUUACCACAGAUGUAGUCCAUUCCCCCAUUUAAUCCUUCUUUUAUAAAGGAUUUUCUAAUAAGAAGUACAAUUUUUAAUUUCAUUGUGGUAUUCUCUCCCUAUCAUACUGUACUAUUUUAUUUGUAUUAUAAUAAAUUAAUUGUUUUGUA